AUGGGUGACCAAAGCGAAGAUGAGCAAGUUCCCGAGAUCACCAUAACUUUUAAAGCCACGCAAGCAACUCAUGACAUUGCUGUGCCUGAAAACGCGACUGUAGACCAGGUAAUUUUGAAAUUUUGGUUACAAUUAUUGGUUUUUAGGCGAAAACGAUUCUCUCCGAGAAGUUGAACCACCCCAAGGACCGUUUGACGUUAAUUUUUUCUGGAAAAAUCUUGAAGGAUCCAGAUACCAUCGCUAGCUAUGGUAAGUUUUUUGAAUUCACGUUUAUAACUUCAAAAAUAUUUCAUUAGUUUGGAUUAUAAACUCUUUGUUUUCUAGGAAUAAAGGAUAAGAUGGCCGUUCACUUAGUUCUCCGCUCUGUUAAUGGAGCAACUCCCAGUUCUACUUCUUCUCAACCUCAAGCUGUAAGUUUGCUUUCUUUUUUAUUUAGGUAUUUUUACUUUAACUAAAGCUUUCGAAACUUUAUGUUAAUCAAUGUCAUUUCAGAACGCACCACCUCAGCCAAACGCUCAGAAUCCGUUUGCAGGUCUUGGAGGAGGAAGAAAUCCGCUAGCUGGCAAUCCUGACAUGAUGAGAGAGAUGAUGAACUCUCCCAUGAUGCAGCGAAUGUUGAGUAACCCCGAUCUGAUGAGAACGUUGUUCAGCGAGAAUCCUCAAAUUCAACAGAUUAUUCAAGUGAGUUUUUUUUUAUUUUAUCAUAUAGUUUUAAAUUUAGGACUUUUAUUUGUAGUUUCUUAAUCGCGUUUGACUUUGUUACCAACGAUAUUGUUUUAGAGAAAUCCCGAGUUGGGUCAUAUCUUGAACGACCCUGAAGUAAUGCGUCAAACCAUGGAAAUGAUCAGAAACCCAACAAUGUUCCAGGAAAUGAUGAGGAAUCACGAUCAAGCUAUCCGUAACCUUCAAGGCAUCCCCGGUGGAGAAGCUGCUCUUCAAAGAUUGUACGAAGAUGUUCAAGUUCCUUUGUUGAACAGCACUGUUGGAUCUUUGGGAGGAAAUCCAUAUUCAGCCAACUCUGACAACAACGAUACAUGUAAGUAAUGACUUGUUGUCUGAAAACAUUGUAUUAAAGACAUUAUCAUUUAUAGCUUUAAAAUUUUAGGUUAUUUUUAUCAAUUUGAAUAUAGUGUUUUAUAUGCACUGUCAUCCUGUGUCUAAAGAUAUGACGUUUUAGCAUCCCGUAGCCAACGUGCUGGAGUAGAGAACGCCGAAGCCUUGCCAAACCCCUGGGGCUCUUCUGGUGGAACUCCACGACAAGGUGGAGGUGCUUCAGCUACCAAUGUCAACACCCCACCUACAACUGGAGCUGGUGGUCUUGGAGGACUGUUGGGAGGGCUGGAGAACAUGAUAACUCCGGAAAUGAUUUCUUCAAUGGGUAGUGCCAUCCAACAGAAUCCCAAUUUGUUGAGAGGAAUGGGAUUGGGGAACUCGGAACAAAUGAUGUCUCGGUUUCAACAGCUGGUAUGUUUUGUUAUACGCUACAAUAAUAUACAAGGUUUUGCAGAGUUGGUUUUAAACUGUAUUUUGGUAAUGAUUGGAUGUUGUUGUUAAUAUUAUUAUGUUUAGACCUCAAACCCAGCUGUGUUGAGAUCGAUGACCAACCCUCGUGUCAUGCAAGCCUUGUCUCAGAUCCAACAGUCGAUGCAAGUUAUUCAGACUGAAGCUCCCGAGUUGUUUAGCCAGAUGUCCGGUGGACUAGGAUUUCCUCCUACUUCUUCGGCUGGUGCUGCAGGUGGUACUGAAGCCAAUCCUGGUGCACCACAAGAUAUGGGCGCUUUAUUUAGUCAAUUACAAGGUCUAGGACUCACGGUAUGUUUCUAAUUUAAAUUUUUAUUUUUUUUACUUUAAUUGAUGAUUUCUCAGGAUAUUGUUACCUAAAAUAUCUUUGAACAUUUUUUUAAAAAUUUAAUGUUAUUUAGUUAAAGAAGUUUAAUAAAAAUCUGCUUUUAGGGUAACAACGCAGGAGCUUCAACUGAGCCCCCAGAAGAGAGAUUCAGAAGCCAGCUGGAGCAACUCUCGACUAUGGGCUUUAAUGAUAGAGCGGCCAAUAUCAGAGGUAAGAAAAAAUGUUGAAUUAUGGUUUUGUAAAGCUAAAACAAGCUACUAAUUUUGAACUUUUGGUUUUAAAAAUGAAUAUUAAUGUAAAUAUGACUGUAACUGCCAUUUCAGCGUUGACAGCCACGUUUGGAGACGUCUCGGCGGCGAUCGAAAGGCUACUGGGAGGCAUAUAA